AUGGUAUCCCGAACGUCUCAGUUCUCGUGCAUCGUAUAUCUUGCAAAUGGGCGUUUGCGUCACCCACACCAGUGCCGUUGCCAUGGAAGGUUUUUCUCAGCCGGGCUUGGAACAUCGUCGGAAGUACAAAGCUUAAAUUCAAGGGGGAAAUACUUCACAUUGGACCCGGUGGAAAUGGAGCCUGUCUUUGGCAUACAUCUUGUCUCCUACUCCUCAGAAGAGGGGGAUUUCUACACGCCUGAUGCAUUACAGGGAAAAUAUGUUUUAACGAGUGGUGAUGAGACAGCAGCGUACAGGAAAAGUGGCAAGGAUAAAAUGGAGCAGACCGCGUUAGGGGCGGAAACGACAUAUAAUGAGGAGUCACUAGCAAUAAAUUUACACAACACGAUAGAUGCUGCGCCAUAUCGAGUUGCAUGGUACGACUACGGCCCCGUGAGUCCCGCCAAACGUUUUACUUACUGUGCUUAUCGUCGUCUGCAGGAAUUGUCACCGGACUGGCAGGAGUAUUACCCCACAUGCUGUAUCAAGAAACAGCCACAGUGCGUUACGUCAAUCAAAUCUGGGAUUGUUUUAUGA